UGAUAUUAUACUGUAUACAACUAGAAGGGAUUAAAAAACUCUAUAAUAUAAACAUUACACAACCAUUCCUACAAAUGUUGCUGAAAUGCACAAACAAACUGUCUAGUUAACCUUAAAACAGUCAGGAUAAAUUUAAAAGUAAUAUUGGCUGCGUAAACAUGAAAUAUCUCUUGAAACUUUUGUCGAUUAAAAUUACAUACCACACCUUACAUUUACGUGGGGCGGUGGGGUGGCCUAGUGGUUAAAGCGUUGGCUCGUCACGCCGAUGACCGGGUUCGAUUCCCCAUAUGGGUACAAUAUGUGAAGCCCAUUUCUGGUGUCCCCCGCCGUGAUAUAGCUGGAAUAUUGCUAAAAGCGGCGUAAAACUAAACUCACUCACUCACUUACAUUUACGUAAGUCAAACGUAAGGUUUGACAGUUUGUGUAAGAGUACCCUGUACCAAACUUGAUUCGUAAGAACGAAAUUAUAUGCACUUGCUAUUAAUCUAGUCUAAUAUUUUGUUGUACAUUCAACAAUCUUUAACAAUAUAUAUUCUCGAAAUUUAUUUCUGGUUAAACAUCAGGCACAUUUUGUAAAUAUAGUUGAAUGAAGGAGGGUCGACCACUGCACUAGGAUUACCUCCCCUGAAUCACACGUUUAUAUGUCAUUGAGCUGAUGCCAUGAACUGGUUUGAUAUGUAUUUUACCAUGACGAAUGUAAUGUUUAUCACAGAAAAAGAUGCUUGCUCGCCAAAACCCUGCAAGCAUGGGGGGAAAUGCAACGUACCUGAGGGGGGCAACGUAACCGUCGGCGGCAGUAACUACACGUGUGACUGCACGUCUGGAUACAGCGGACUGACGUGUGAGGAAGGUCCUUGCGCAGGCCACAGCUGCAGUAACCACGGGAAAUGCAAAGCUGACAAGGACGACCAAACAAAGCCUCUGUGUAAAUGUGACGAUGGCUUUUCGGGAGACAAAUGUCAAAAUGCAGGCACAGCCAAUGCGAUCUAUCUGUCGUCCUUCCUGGCUACUCUCCUUGCUGCCCAUAUCAUCAGGAUGACCUUGACCUAAAGAGCAACGCUGACGUAAACGUGAAACGAGCCUUCGUUACGUGUUCAAAUCUGACUUUACAAAACAUGCAUAUGCUUUCACUAUUUUCAUUGUGUGCUAAACGUUCUUGUUUAUGAUUGUUCAUGGAGUUCUUUUUUUGGUAUUUGUGACGAAUCUAUAAAUACAAACUAGUAUUUUAAACACACUUGGAACAAUCCAGUACAGCGUUGUUAAUUAUCUGAAAUUAUACAAUACAACCGUAGCGGAUUGUCUUAAAGGGUAUCCGAAAGUAUUUCUGUGAUGGCUGAAGCUGAUGACGUGGCCAUUGUGUAGGUCACUGAAUAAAAGUGGAUGUUAUCUACCCUUUUGAACAAAAACUAUAUGUCGAAUACAUUAUAUUAUAUUAUAUGUCUUGAACUGGUUUUGGAAAUAAACGCCCUUUGUUCUGCAAAA